AUGAUUUUUGAUCUAACAGGGUUAGAUAUUGCAAUUGCCUAAAUAUCCUUAAAUUUCUUGGUUUCUAUAUCAUUUUUAAUCAGAUCAAAAUAUAAUUAGAGGAUUCAACAGAAAUCUCAAAAAAAUAUUUUAAAAGUAUUGACUUAUUCUAUUUAAGAAAAAUAAAAAAAAGCAAAGUGAUAAUAACUUUUAAACUAAAAUUACUAUUUAAAACUAAACAUCCUCAAGUAAGUGUUAAUUCAAUUAUAGUAAAAAAAAAUAUUAGUGCUCAAAAGUCUUUAAAAUCUAAUGAAUUAGAAUAGAAUAAUUCAAAAAAAAAUUAGGCUGAACACUAUCCUUAAUCUUCAGGGUUAAUACUAUCUCCUUGCAAUAAAAUAUUAGGUAAUAACAUUAAUAAUAACUAGAAAAUGACAAACUUAUAUCAGAUACAAAUCGAUAGACUCAUAGAUCAAGUUUAGUACCUAUACUUUAGACUCAAAAAUAGUAAACAACAAGCAAAUCUAGUAAUUGUAGUUAGAAUAUAAUUUAACUAAAUCCAAAACCAUCAUCUGAUCAAAAUAAAUCAAUUAUUAAUUAGUUAAAAGAGAAUCCUAGUUUUGGAGGAUCUAAACUAGUUUAGUGUUAAGUAAUUAUAAUAAAAUAAUUAUAUUUUAGUAAUGUAAAGCUGAUAAUUCAGUUGAAUAAUCUGAUGAUAUAAUUACUAUUGAAAGAAAAAGAAAUAUGAGUGUACCUUCAGAAAUAAAAGAAGAUGAGAACUAAGAAUAAUAAAUUUAAAAAAAGCAAUAAGAAGAACUAAAAUAAAAAAUUUAAUAAUAAAAAGAAAUCGAAUAUACAUAGUAUAUUCAAUUAUAAAAUCAUUUCCUUUUAUUUUCUUGUAUGUUUUUUGUACAAUCUAUUAUAUAAAAAAUGAAUUCAGAUUUAAAACUAUAUGAAGAAAUAAAUUUAAACAAUAUAUUGGAGAUAUAUUCAUUGUAGGCUUGCAUUGGAGCCCUAUAUUUUAAUGUUAUUUAAGCACUAUUAAUAAUAUUUUUGGAAAAAAUUCUAAAAUGCCAUAAAUUAAUAACUCGAUUAUCAUUCUCUGCAUAUAAUAUCUCUAUCCCAUUUUACCUUUAUUCAACUAUAGAAGAGGAGAAUAGAAUGAUAAAUUUAGAAUUUUUAUUGAUGAUUGGAUGCAUUUAUUUUUUAUAGUUCUUAGUCUUUAUUUUCUGUAGAAUACUUAAUUGGAAAAAUUAUCCUUUAACUUUAUUUUUGACAUUUUGA